UCAGUAGGAUCUGCCGAUCUGAUAGGUUUAGCAUAUAGCGUUAUUGUACUUAUAUCACAACUUAAACUGAACUCGCCUUAAAAAAAACCUUGUCAAAUUAGAUACGUAUUACCAAGGCUAAUUUGGGUACUAAUGUCGGAAAAAGAAAAUGAACAACAUUUUGAUGUCAUCAACGGGUUACACGUAAGACACAUGAAUAAUGUAGUGGAGGAAAUUUUCCAAUACUUGGAUGCUGAAAGCCUACAAAAUGCAGAACUCACUUGUAAAGCUUGGAAAGCAGCUGCUUCUGGGGUGAAUCAAGAAAAAUUGUGGCGAGUGUUGCUUCAAAACAAAAUGUUAACUUCACCGCUAUGGGAGAGACUUGAUCAUUGUCUACCAUCAAAACUUACUCAACCUUCCAGUAAUAGCUUGUCAUCCCGGAACCUCUUCAACAAAUUUGAGUUUACCGUUAAGGCUCUCCAAAAAAACUGGUUGGAAAAUGAAUUAAACAGGGACUAUGUUGAUUGUGAUGUUGGAUUGCGAAUAUGUGUCUUCCAGAUGCGCAACAAGUUCAUUGCUCUAUGGGAACCCAUCAAUGGAAUAUUUAAAAUUUGGAACAGAAUUACAUUGAAAUUGGAAGAGGUUUAUCAGGGACCUCCACUUCAAUUUGAUUUGGAUUAUGAAUUGUAUGAACAUGCGCUACUAUAUUCAUCGAAUGGGCUUAUUUAUAUCCGGAAUCUUACCACAAAAACGACAAAAAUUUAUAAGCCUUUUGGAUCAGAUAAUGGAAAAUCGAUAAUUUAUUUACGUGUCGAAAACGGAUUUCUCUGUGCUGUUGUUCACCAAAAGCAAACGUUUCACAUGAACUAUCGUAGCGAUGUUGUUGUCUGGAAAAUGAAAUCUCCAACUGAAAUUGAAUGGGAGAAUCCCAGGACAGUUUCAUCCGUUAGAAUGGACAACACCAGAAUCUUAAUGGAUAAUAAAUUCAUUGUUGUCGCUCAUCAAGGACCGUUUGAUACUACCUGUGACGUCUAUCUCAUGUCAAAGCCUCAGAGAAAACCAAACUAUAUCAAACUUUUAGUGACACAUCGCGAACUUCUGUUUCAAGAUGGAUUUAUUCUCGUGAUUACUGAUAAAGGCGAAAUCAAAAUCGUGGAUGUGGCGACGAGUAACUCGAGAAUUAUUGCCACUGUCGGAGUGAAUUUUUCAGGGCGGAGUAAUUUCUUGAGGAUUCAUUCUGGCUACAUAUUUGCCUUUUCUUUUGUUGGAUGCUCACAUGGAUCUCGAAUUCAAAUAUGGGAUUUCAAAAAAGCCACAGACCCCACAACGGAACUGCCUCUUCUGCCGUUUUGCUCUCAUAAAUUGUUUAUGGAGCCAGCAAUGGUACUUCACGUCGACACAUUUGGCGUUAUGGGGGUGAACCGGGAAAUGGGAAAUGUCAAUUGUCGCGACAUCAUUUGGACACUCAACUUUCUACCAAUCUGCAAUUUUUGUAAAAAGGUUAAGAAACGUUUACCUAAAUGUGCUUCAUGUAAGUCGGCCAAAUAUUGCAGUUCCAUUUGUCAGAAAGCUGACUGGAAUCAUCACAGGGAUUUGUGCCGAAAAACCAGAGACUAUGAAGAGAAAAAUGCUCCCUUUACUUUGGCUUAAGCUAUGGGUUUGCCGAUUGGUUAAGCAAUGGAGUAAAUGGGUUUUCAUCCUAUUUUUCUUUCGACCAAGACAUUUGUUAAUCUAGAGAAUGUAUCACCGGAAAAGUAAUCGUGCUUAAAAUUUUCCUUUUUAAGUAAUUAUGCUUGCACCUAAUGUUGAGGAUUGCGAUCAUUUUUGUCUCACUGCUGGUUUUGAUUGUUGUUGUCGUUUGGUUUCGUUAGAUCUAACCCGGAUUUUGUACGUAAUCGUAUUUUAUUUUGUUUUUAAAACGAAAUAAUAUACCUCCUUCUUUUAAUUGUUA